GGAGUCGAACCUGAUAUAGAAACAUGAAUGGGAAGAGUAACGUCGUUGGGACACGAUUUGGUCCAGUUGGCGACGAAACCGAUUCAGUAAAAGUAGAAAUCGUUUCUAACGGAAAUAGCCAUAAAGAAGACGAUAAAGCAAAAGUCAAAGAAAAAGAAGACGAAAAAAAAGAGCCGGACCCAUCAAUUAAUUAUUAUAAGAUCUUCCGAUAUGCUGACAAUCUCGAUUACCUUCUCAUAUUUAUCGGCACAAUAUCUGCAGCUGUACAUGGAGCGUCCCUGCCCGUCAUGUUCAUCUUUUUUGGUGACAUGACGAACACAUUUGUUGAUUUUGGUUCGUUCCAAGCAUGUAACUUCACACUUGAUUUAUGCAAAGAACUUGGGGUUGUUCCUAAUAAUACUAAUCAAAGCGAUUUUGUGCAAAUUCUAGCGGACGCACAAGACAUUCAAGGCCAAAUGGCUCAGUUCUCGCUCUACUACACGUACCUGGCUAUUGGGAUCAUUGUGUUUGCCAGCUUACAGGUUGCAUGCUGGAUGAUGCAAGCAGUUAGACAAGUCAGGAAGAUCAGGAUUCUCUUCUUUAAAAGCAUCCUACGACAAGAUAUCUCGUUUUUCGAUCUCAAUUCUGCUGGGGAAUUAAACACAAGAUUGGCAGAUGAUAUAUCUAAGAUCCAAGACGGGAUAAGCGACAAGGUGUCAAUCUCGAUACAGAUGUUGUGUCGUGCCAUAGCUGGCUUGAUCAUUGGGUUUGUUUACGGUUGGAAACUUGCGCUCGUUAUACUGGCUGUCAGUCCUCUGCUUAUCAUGUCUGCUGGUGUUAUGUUCAGGAUUGCUACAGCAUUCACAAAGAAAGAGUUGGACGCUUAUGCUAAAGCUGGGGCAGUGGCGGAGGAAGUCUUAUCUUCAAUUAGAACUGUUGUUGCGUUUGAUGGACAAGAUAAAGAAUGUAAAAGAUAUGAAGAGAAUCUAGUCCACGCAAGAAAGGUUGGGAUACAGAAAGGUAUAACUUCGGGUGCCGGGCUCGGAACUGUGUUCUUCAUCAUGUUUUCCACGUACGGACUUGCAUUCUGGUAUGGUAGUAGUCUUGUGUUUGCGGGGGAACCGGGGUUUGAUGUCGGUACCAUGCUAACAACCUUCUUUGGCGUGCUUAUCGGGGCAUUUUCACUUGGAGGGGCUGGGAGCAACAUGGAGUAUUUUGCUGCUGCGAAGGCCGCAGCUUACAAAGUAUUUGAGAUAAUCGACCGCGUCCCUUUGAUUGACAGCAUGUCAGACGAAGGUCAUAAACCCGACCGGGUCAAAGGUCAAAUAGAGUUCAAGAAUGUUGACUUCACCUACCCUUCCCGUACAGAUGUGCAGAUUCUCCACGGUGUUUCAUUUGUUGCUGAGAGUGGAAAGUCGGUGGCUCUUUGUGGCCAAAGUGGGUGUGGUAAGAGCACGUGUGUUCAACUUAUUCAACGAUUCUAUGAUCCGCAGAACGGGAUAAUCGAGUUGGACGGCGUUGACAUCCGAACAUUAAACGUACGUUGGUUGCGCGAACACAUCGGCGUCGUGUCACAAGAACCCAUAUUAUUCGACACAACAAUCGCGGAAAAUAUUCGCUACGGACGCGAUGAUGUCACUGAUGAUGAAAUAAAGGAAGCUACGAAACAAUCCAACGCUUAUGACUUCAUCAUGAAAAUGCCAUAUAAAUUUGAUACGAUGGUUGGAGAAGGAGGGGCGCAGAUGAGUGGAGGACAGAAACAAAGGAUUGCCAUCGCUCGUGCCAUUGUACGUGACCCUAAGAUUAUGUUGCUUGAUGAAGCUACUUCAGCUUUAGACACCGAAAGUGAAGCUGUGGUGCAAGCUGCUCUUGAAAAAGCUGCUCAAGGGCGCACGACACUCCUGAUUGCUCACCGACUUUCAACGAUCAGAAACUCCGAUAAAAUCAUUGGAUUCCACGAAGGAAGGGCUUUGGAACAAGGGAGCCAUGACCAACUCCUCAAAGUGGAAAACGGAAUUUAUCAAAACUUGGUUAACAUGCAGUCUUAUAGUGCUGAAAGAAAUGAAGCAGAAGGUUCUACAAGCCAGGCAACAAGAAAAGUGAGUGAAAUAGAGACCACAAAGCCUGCAUUAAAAAGACUUGUUAGUGUUACGAGCGUCAGGUCCCGCACAACAAGUGCUGGGGAGACACCAAAAGAGGAAGAGGAAGAGGAAGAAGAAGAAGAGAUUCCCAACGUUCCAUUUUCCCGUGUGAUCGCGCUUAACAGGCCGGAGUUGUUCUAUAUCGUUCUUGGUUGCAUUGCCGCUGCAGUGAACGGAGGAAUCCAACCUUGUUUUGCGAUUUUGUUCUCGGAGAUUAUUGGAGUGUUUGGUUUAUCAGAUCGGCAGGAACAAGAAAGUCUGAUCACUCUUUAUUCUCUUCUGUUCGUGGCCAUCGGAGUGGCAGCGUUAGUUGCAAACAUUCUGCAGGCGUCUUCAUUCGGCAAAUCAGGUGAAGAAUUAACAUCUCGUUUACGAUCGAUGGGAUUUCGCGCCAUGAUGAGACAAGACAUUGCGUUCUUUGAUGAUCACUUCAACAGCACUGGCGCUUUAACCACCAGGCUUGCUACAGAUGCUUCUAAGGUACAAGGGUGUACGGGUGUAAGGGCAGGAACUGCAAUUCAAAGUAUCUUUGCGUUGGGUGUUGCGCUUGGCAUAGCAUUUGCAUAUGGUUGGCAACUUACUCUGCUAACCUUGGCGUUUGUUCCAUUCAUGAUAAUUGCUGGUCUGUUGACCAUGAGGAUUUUAACUGGACAGUCUGGUCAAGAAGCAAAAGCGUAUGAAGAUGCAGGUACGAUUGCUACUGAAGCAACCUUGAAUAUUAGGACGGUGGCUUCGCUUACCAGAGAGGAGAAGUUCUAUCUGAAAUAUACCCUUGCGCUUAUUAAACCUUACGAGCAAUCCAAGAAGAAGGCUCUCUUCUAUGGAAUUUCAUUCGGAUUCUCCCAAUGCAUCGUGUUCUUUGCGUACGCUGCUACUUUUAGAUUCGGAGCUUGGCUUGUGGACGAAGGACUGAUGGAGUUUCAGAAUGUUUAUAAGUGUUUGAUGGCUGUAAUAUUCGGAGCGUUCGCAGUCGGUCAAACAAGUUCGUUCGCACCAGACUUUGCUGCAGCGAGAAUCGCAGCUAACCGGUUGUUCAAGCUGCUUGACAGAGUUCCUGAGAUUGAUAGUUACAGCAAAGAAGGGAAAGUUCCGAAAACCUUGGACGGCAAUCUUGACUUCAAGUCCCUCAAGUUCCAUUACCCGACCCGACCAGAUGUGCAAGUUCUUAAAGGUUUGACAACCGCCAUUAGAAAAGGUCAAACUGUGGCAUUGGUUGGCCAAAGUGGCUGUGGAAAGUCAACUUGUAUUCAACUACUUGAACGUUUCUAUGACCCUGAUGAAGGGACCGUGAACAUGGACGACACAAACACAAAAGAGCUUCAAAUAUCUUGGUUGCGAUCACAAAUGGGAAUCGUGUCUCAAGAACCCGUUUUAUUCGACCGUUCGAUUGCUGACAAUAUACGUUAUGGUGAUAAUUCUAGGGAGGCCUCGAUGGAGGAAAUUAUCACGGCUGCAAAGAACGCAAACAUUCAUAACUUUAUUGAUGGCUUGCCUGAUGUGAGUAGAGUUGUUUUGAAUUUGGUCAAAUACUUUUAACAUUAUGUUGACGCUUUUGUAACAUACCCAAUGCAGUAUAACGCAGUGGUUUGUGCGCCUGCCUUUAGCCCAGGCUCCAGUUCAGAGGA